AUGGCAAAUAUUCAUGUAGUGCUUUUGUUGAGCCCAUUGCUAGCUCUCACUUUCUUUUGUAUCACAUUUGGGGCCGACCCAGCAUCUCUUCAGGACUUCUGCGUGGCAGAUAGUAACAAUCAAGUGAAACUGAACGGAUUUGCAUGCAAAAACCCUACUUGGGUACAAGCAAAUGACUUCUCUUUCAGCGGGCUUCACAAUCCUGGCAACACAGGCAAUCCAUUUGGAUCUGCUGUCACACCUGUCACUGUGGCUCAAAUUCCAGGGCUUAACACUUUGGGAAUCUCGAUGGUCCGGAUCGAUUAUGCUCCAUGGGGCGUCGUUGCUCCUCAUUACCAUCCUAGAGCCACCGAAAUUCUCACAGUCAUUGAGGGAUCUCUUGAAGUUGGAUUCGUCACAUCAAAUCCUGAUAAUCGCCUCAUCUCCAAAACUCUCCAGAAGGGGGAUGUAUUUGUGUUCCCAAUUGGGUUGGUUCACUUCCAACGGAAUAUUGGGCACAUGAAUGCAGUGGCAAUUUGUGGUUUGAGUAGCCAAAACCCAGGAGUUAGUACCAUUGCCAAUGUUGUCUUUGGAUCCAAGCCUGACAUAUCAACUGACAUUCUCGCAAAGGCAUUCCAGGUUGAUAAGAAUAUAGUGCAACAAAUCCAGUGGAGGUUUUAG